AUGUCAGAUGUUCAAGUUAACUCUCUUAUAGACAACCAAUAUUAUCCUGGUGAUAUAGGUUGGGUAUUAGUAUCUACAGCUUUGGUGUGGUUAAUGAUACCCGGCGUUGGUUUUUUUUAUGGUGGUAUGGCAAGAUCUAAAAAUGCAUUAUCACUUUACUUUUUGGGGAUUUUAACUGUUGCUGUAGUUUCCUUGCAGUGGUUCAUGUUUGGAUACAGUUUAACAUUCAGCACAACAGGAAAUGCAUUUAUUGGCAAUUUCGAUAAUGCUUUAUUUCUUGGAUUAAAAUUUGGCCCAUCACCUGUUUCAACUCGUAUACCUGACUUGUUAUAUGCCACCUAUGAAGGAAUGUUUGCCGCAAUUACGCCUGCUAUAGCCAUAGGAUUAGUUUGCAUAACGCCUGGAUCAGGAUAUGUUAAUAUUCAGUAUGCUCCAUUAUUUGGGUUGAUUGGUAGCGUCAGUUGUAAUCUUGCAUUGAAAUUGAAAAGUCUUCUCAGUUUUGAUGAUGCUUUAGAUGUUUUUGCUGUACAUGGGGUGGGUGGAUUUGUUGGUAAUCUCUUAACUGGUUUGUUUGCUGAUAAAAACGUUGCAAGCUUAUCAGGAGAAGAAAUUCAAGGUGGUGCGAUCAAUGGAUAUUAUCGACAAUUUGGAAUUCAGCUUGCUAAUUCACUUGCAGCAUUAUCAAUUGAUGCUGAAAAUGAAGAACGUGGCAUAGAUGAAGUGGAAUUGGGCGAACAAGCGCAUUAUUUUGUUGAAAGGUAUUCAUCUGCAUUGAAAGAUCUAACAGCUACUAAAUCCGCAUUAGCUAAAUCCAAAUCAAAUGCAUCUUUAAAUAAACAUUUUCGACAACAAAAUCUUCACAAUCAACGAAUAGAAGAAAUACCAUUACCACCAACUCAUAAUUACAUAUAA